UAGAAUGGAGUGAAUUGACAUAACAAAAGGAAAAAUCCAUACACAUUGUAAACUCACAAAGAAGCAUCCACUGUGUACUAUAUAGGGAGUAAACUAGAUGAAAACCGGCGCAUAUUAGCCUCUUCGAUGGCCAGUAGCCUAAAUAUGCAUAGAGAAUUAGCAUCAAUGGAGGGAGCUGUGAUCUGUUUGUUAUUUGUGAUUGUAUUGUUGUUUAUGCCUGUUUGCGUGAUUUCACUGCGAAUCGGGCCACAUUUCGGAGCGGAUCCAUGUGGAAUGCCGGCGGAUUCUAGGGCUUUGCGGGCAGACCAAUUGACUGUUCUGAUCAACGGCUACUCCGAGCAUCGGAUUCCACUACUCCAUUCCAUCGCCGCUACAUACUCCGCCGCCACCGCCUCCGUCUCUGCCGUUAUUAUUCUCUGGAGCAACCCCUCCACUUCAAGCCAAACGCUAGCCGAGCUCUCGCAAAACCUCACAUCUAUCUCCACUGGCGGCGCCUCAAUCUCAGUGAUUCGGCAGCGAUCUACGAGCCUCAACCUCCGAUUCUACCCGCAGGAAUCGAUCGCCACACGCGCCGUCCUCGUCUGCGACGACGAUGUGGAGCCCGAUAUCGAUUCCAUCAACUUCGCCUUCAACGUCUGGAAAUCCAAUCCGGAUCGCCUCGUCGGAUUCUUCGCCCGGUCCCACGACUACGACCUGUCGGAGAAGAAGUGGAUCUACACGAUGCGCAACGAUAAGUACUCCAUAAUCCUCACGAAAUUAAUGCUUUUCAAAUCGGAGUACCUGUACAAGUACACCUGCGAAACUCCGCCCGAGAUGCUCCGGCUAGUGGACAGAAUGAACAACUGCGAAGACAUUCUGAUGAACGUCGUCGUUUCGGAUUUAACCAACGCGGGGCCAGUUCUGGUGGGGGCGAAGAGAGGGGUGAGGGAUUGGGGUGACCCUAGGAACGAAGGCGGGGUGGAAGAGGAGAGGGGGGUGGGGUUGAGUAGCAGGAGAGGGGAGCAUAGGAAGAGGAGAGGGGAUUGUAUUACGGAGUUUCACAGAAUUGCCGGAAGAAUGCCGCUCCGGUAUAGCUACGGGAAGGUGGUGGAUCACGUCGGCGAACAGGGGCUUUGCCGGAAAGGUGACCGUUUGGUAUUCUGUGAUGACCAAUCACCGGAUUUUAAAUGACACUUAAAAUUUAAAACAAAAAGGUACAUUUUUUUGUAGCAUUUGUUAAAAAAAUUCGUUUAAAUUAUGAAAUCCCAUUAUAGCAAAUUAGCAAUGCAAUUAAUUUGAUCCA